CAUUUUUCUUCCUCUGACCAGUGCCCUUUCUAUAUAUGCAUAAAAAAAUCUGACAACAAACCAACCACAGCUUUAACCAGUUUGAUUCUGAACUACUGUGUUCCUUCUCUUCUUCUCUCGUGUUCUUCUGCUCAACUUCCUUUAUGUCCAUGGCAUCAACAUCCACACCAAGGUCAUGUUCAGAACUAACUAUCACAGUUGAACACAAUCCUUCCAAAUCACGAUUAGCCGAGCUGGGUAUAAAUUCGUGGCCCAAAUGGGGUUGUCCUCCUGGGAAGUAUAUGCUCAAAUUCGACGCUCAAGAGACGUGUUAUUUUCUGAGAGGGAAAGUGAAGGUUUAUCCAAAAGGUUCGUCUGAGUCAGUCAAAUUUGGUGUGGGGGACCUUGUCACCAUACCCAAGGGACUUAGUUGCACAUGGGAGGUAUCCGUUGCAGUGGACAAACAUUACAAGUUCGAGUCUUCUUCCACCCCUACACCUUCCUCAAAAUGUAUCACUGAUAUCUGAAUGUUAUUUUAUUGUUUAUCGUGCUUGAUAUUCACUAGCAAAAGAAUUUUUAAUAAAGGGUUCGGGAGGGGUAGAACUUGAAACGAAUAUAUAUUAGGGUUAUAUAUUAUAACUAUAUAAUAUAAAUGUUUGUUUCUAAUUCAAUAUUUGAAGUUGUCUUUGCUUCUGUA